AACGCGCACUUGGCCCUUGGUGCCAGGUGAGCUAAAAAGGUGAAUAAAUAGAUUAAAAAUACCUUUAUCAAGACGAAAAGUAAACAAAUCUUUUUAUUACGAAAUAUGUGCAUUGAUAGUGUCUUUUGUGGAGUAAAUUAAUGAUUCCUGUGCUUAAUAAUCAUCAUCAUAGCUGUGAAAAUGUCUUUUUUACACAAGUUUAGACCACCACAUUUAAUAAACCGCCAAUUGUGCGCGAAGGUGUUCUCGUGUUAUACACGUCGAACGUCUGCAACAACAACCACAAAUGAUGGAACAAAACCAACGCAUUCUGUUAAACCAUUCAGUGAGAUGCCAGAGGCACGAUUUAUAUCAAUGUUUUAUUGGAUAUACUUAUAUAUUACGAAAAAGAGUCCAGUACUGACGUCAUACUACACGACGAUGAAGCAGAAGCACGGUGAUAUAUAUAAACAAAACAUCAGCAUGGGAAAGGGAGAGAACUAUAUUGUUAUGAUUGGUCAUCCAGACUUCGCUAAAACUGUAUUCCAAGCUCCAGAGAAAGAACAUAGGAGAUUUAAACUACAAUUGAUAGACUUUUUCACAAAGAAAAACAACUUCAAAAACCCGUUGGCAUUACUGGACGGGAAAGAAUGGGAAGAACAAAGAAAGCCGACACAAGAAAAGAUGUUGCGUCCUACUGUUGUGGCGAAUUACGUACCUCUUAUUGAAAAGGUAACCGACGAUUUCAUUGAGAAACUAGGAAGGAAAGAAAAAACUGAAGAUUUGUUUACAGAUUUGCUCAACUAUGCGACGGAAAGCGUUGGAAUGUUAUGUUUUAAUAAGAGACUUGACUGUAUGGAAAAUGAAAACAAUCCAGUGGCUGCCCUUGUCAGAAAAUUAUUUGAGAUGCUCGGAACCUCAGUUAUGAGACCAAGAAAGAGUCACAUGUCUCUUGAUUCAAAAUUCUUCAAGGAAUAUGAAACAAAAACACUUGAAUUCGGAAAAAUAGCAAGUGACAUAAUCGAUUCACAGAAAGUUUUCCUUUCUAAAAUGAAAGAUGAAGGACAACUCGAAAAGUAUCUUGAAGAGGAGCCAAACUUCUUGCACUCACUUUUAUCAGACCCAAGAGUAACAGAGGAGUCAGCAACUAGCAUGGUUACAACUCUAUUCGGUGCUGGAAUUGAAACAUCCGCCAAUACCCUGACGUUUGUACUAACUGAUCUAAGCCUGUAUCCCGACAAACAGAAAAAGCUGUAUGAAGAAAUACAAAGAGUUGUUGGUGAUGGUACAAAUCUAACGAAAGAACAUCUUGCACGUAUGUCUUACUUGAAGGCCUGUGUCAAGGAAAGUCUAAGGAAAACAUUUCCCUUAGUUAGUGGUACUGGAAGAUAUUUAGAGACAGAUCUUGAAGUUGGAGGAUAUGAGAUUCCAAAAGAUACCUUCGUUGUUGUUAACAGUGCACUGAUGUCUAAUGACGAAAGGUUUUUUCCACGACCGACAGAGUAUCUUCCAGAAAGAUGGCUUCGAGAUACAGAAGGAGAUUUAACCAUCAGUCGAAAUUUUCCAUUUGCAUAUACUCCUUUCGGUUAUGGACCAAGAAGCUGUUUAGGACAACGAUUUGCAGAAAACGAAAUAUUUAUAGCAGUUAUUAAGAUUAUACAGAAGUUUCAGAUAUCAUUGCCUACAGGAGUUACAGAAGUCAAAUCUGACUACACACUAUUUCGGACGCCAUCAGAGAAAGUUACACUUUACUUCCAGAAAAGAUGAAUCAUCAUUGCAACAGUGGAAACAUUUGAACUUUGAACCUUAACAGUUCAUACAUACGAGACAAUUACUUUAAUAUAUUUGCUGAUUUUUGUUAAAAAUUGUUCACCUUUUUGUAGAUGACGCUUUGUUUGAGGUCUGCUGUCUCGUUGACGAAUAUCCCACAACUCCUUCUAGUUGUAAAUAAUUUUAUUUUUGAUAUAACGCGUCUUCUGAUUGGCUAACUUUAAUUGUCUAUCAGCUCAUAUACAAUUAUUUUGUCGUGUGAUCGUGACGUCUUCAGCGUUUUGUCAUGAUUUUAAAACUCCUUACAAAUGAAAAUUUUAAAUUAAUUUAUAUACGUUUUUUUUGUCUAUUCGAAGUCACUUCAAAAAUGUGGUGUGCACGCAGAUUAUUCAGUGUGCAAAACGUUUUUGUUGAUAAUAUUAUUUCAUUAAAAACAGGAAACAUAAUACAGCACUUCCUUAAUUGAUUCGAUGAUAUUCUAGAAUUACAGUAUUUUUUUAAUUUGUGCAAUUACUACAAUCUAUAUUUCAGAAUUGAAAGCCCAUUUUUAUAAUUUAGUUGGGUUGUAAAAGCGUUGACAGAAGUGUUUCAUGCUAAAUAUAUGGCAAUAUUGCGCCCGAUCCACGUUUUUACAUUCUUGUAAAAUUAUAAAAAGAAGCAUUUAAUUCUAAUCUAUAUUAUUAUGAUACGUUCAUAAUUCCUUAAGAUUUUUUCGUGUGUUUUUGUAUGCGUUGUUCUAACAUUGUCAAGGAAAGACAUUCAGAGCUGUUGUAUUUUAUAAGGAAAUAAAAGUUAUUAUAUUGGA